UGCUGAAGUUAUCCCUAAAAAUUGUCUCUAGCUAAUGUGAUCAAGCGCGCUAAGAUAUAUGCACAUUCUAGAACCGUAGUUCAAUAUGCUGAUAGUUUAUCUCGAUUACUGUCUUCUGAAUCGUUCGUUCUUAAUUUCUACAAACUUUGACAAUAAGCAUGUAAAUUGUCUGAAGUGAUGGUAAAGAUUUAUGGCUCAGAUAGAUGCUUUUUUAGUGUUGCACUUUUUUAAUCGGAUGGUUUAAUUGGGUAUUUUUCGUUGUUGUGGUCGACAUUAUCAUUGCUUUUUAUUAUUAGUCCUACUAUUUAUUCCUAAUUAUUAAAGGCUCACUUCUGUGUGAAUUAGGCACUGAUAAUGUUGUCUAGAACGGCAUUGAAAGCCUGAGAGUUAGGCCACCCAAGUCAAAGAAUACAACACCACCAUAUUUGUUAAUCAACUGCUUUUGUCGGUACUAAACGUCAGUAAGUCAUGUUUGGGUCUAUUUAUUAUGUGGACUUUUUAAAAUUAUGACUGGUCUUUAGCUAUGUGCUUGAAAUUUUGAUGGGGGUUCGUAGGAUGAUUAUGAAGUAUGGUUAGGGGUUUUAGAUGACGCGACAAAAUAGGUCACAGUGGCCCAAAUGUAACUGCUUUUUGCUUUACUUUAGUUAUUGAGUAUAGUAAUAUUUAACACUUCUCCUGGAUUUCAAUUUUUCAUGAGACUGAUAUUUUUUACAUAUAGUUUUCCACAGCAAUUAUUAUUUCAAAUUCCUAGCUUUUCGUUCUACUGAUUCUUCUUUACUGUAUCGUGACGUUUGUUAGUUUUUAUUCUUACCAGAUCGUUGGCUGUGUUUGUCAGUAACGUUUUAGGUUUUUUUGAUAACCCGUAUAUACGCAUCAUAUAUAAUAUCGAUGUUUCAGGUUUCAAAACUUGGUUGUCGUGCAUUUGCCCUUCUUUUUGAUGAUAUUGAACCGCGCCUAUGUCCUGCAGAUCGAGAGGUAUUUAACUCAUCAGCCCGUGCUCAGGUUAUGUUCGCGAAUGAAAUUUACAAUCAUUUAGGAUGUCCAGAUGUCUUUUUAUUCUGUCCAACAGAGUACAGUGCAAGUUUAGCAGUACCUAAUAUUAAUAAGUCAGAAUAUCUAGCGACAGUCGCUUCCUGUUUAGCACCAGGUAAUAUAUUUGUAACUUGCUCUUUUCUAAAAUUUCGUCUUAUGAAUUCAUAAGUUUCUUAUUUACAUCUAUUAUCGUUUCUAGUUUAAGCUCAUUUCACCACAGAGCGUAAAUGAACAUUGGUUGCACUCACAAGACGUCAUUAAAAUGUUAGAUACUGUCUCUUUCAGUUUUGGUAAGCGUCUCUCAUAUAAACGCUGGAUUUCCUCAGAAUUUUUAACGCUUUUUGUCCCUUGUCGGCUUAUUCUGGAAAACCAGGAGUUCAGGAGUCAGCCUAGGUAAAGAUAAACACCUAUUAGUCGUAGAGUGCUACAGAACUGUAAUCAGUGGAUAUACUUGUUGCGCAAUAAACUCAGGGUAGUCGCAACAAAAACCUCGUGUCAGUAAAACAGUUUGUGGUUGACGGUGUGACAAUUAGUAAUUUUCAAAGACGUGCUGAACGACUGGGUAAGGUGCCUCAGCGGACAAUUCGACUGAUUCAUUGUCGCAGAAACUCCGAUCAGAUUUGUCUAAUGUUUCAAGUGCAUGAUUUUGUUAGAAACUCAAUCAUUGACCCAAAAUUUUCAGAUAAAAUAGUGUUUGAUCAAGAUGCUGACGAAACAGUCUUUUAAAUACCUUGAGUAAUAACGUAAUAAUUUUUCAAACUAGUUUUUCUCCCAACUGCGGAAUUUUACCCCAGGGCUGAUUUGUGUCAGUACCUAUUUUAAUCAUAUAAAGUAAACUAGUGGUGUGUUGAACAUUAUCCUUAGUGAUUUAGUAGCUGACUUGAUCUGAGCACGAAAUUAAAGUGCUCGAUUGGCUUUUACGCACUUGGGCUAUAUAUGGCGUUGGCAAGCUAUCCGUUUGUCUAUUAAAACGUCCGCUGUGUUUUACUUUGUGAUUGUAAUUUUGUUGAUUAUUUCUUGCUUUUUCUGUAAAUCCAUUUAAAUUCUCACCAAAAAUUUGAAUAUAUGGUUGUAUGUGCAGUAUUCGGAUUAAAAGUUUCAUUAAAAUUGAUGAUUCCACUAAAUCUUGUUCGUUAUAUAUAUAUAUAUAUAUUCGCGUUUGGAAAUACUUUGCUAUUCAAUCUUAGUAUAGAUGUACAGUUUUAUUUGCAAAAUUGUUUUCUUCACCUUUCCGGUAAUUUAUUUUAGAUAUCAGUCAGUCAGUCAGCUACAACGUAGGACCAGGCACAUACAUGCACUGAUCCAAACUGCCACAUUUCUUAGCACAACAAGGUGAACACCAAGUUCAUAGGAGUAGUCAUUUCAAUGGUAGUAAUGUAUAAAAGAAAGAUUGUGUAUAAGGAUAUAGUACAGGAAGAAAGAAUUAGUUAGUGGAAAGAAAGAUAUAAAGCAAUUUUAAUCUAAUAGUUUAAGGGAAGAUAGAGAGUGUAUACACCGAUGCCAUGGUGAUCGAUUCUGAGUCAUGUCACCCAGAGUCUCCAACCACUGGUUACGACAGUCACGCGGACCCCAUCAAAAUACUCUGCAUCUACCAACAUGGCUAAGACUAGAAGUUAGUGACUUCAAGGACUGAUGCCACGUUUUGGUUUGGCCGCCCCUAAGUUCCCUUCAGCCGUCUCCCACAUUAAUCGGCUUUGCGCGUCGUGGUAAUCGGUGUUCAGGCAUACGUAACACGCGGCCCAACCAUCUUAGUCGAUGGAGAUUUACAACCUCAUGAACUGACUUAUCAUCAUUCUCUAAUACCCUGCGUCUAACCUCACUAUCACUUACCCAGUGAUCCCAUCGGUUGUGAGCAAUAUUUCUAAGGCAUCUGUGGUCAGAUACUAGUAGCUUACGAGUAUCUUCUACACUUAAUGGCCACAUUUCCCAGUCAUAAAGUAGAACUAAACGAACUGCUGUACAGUAUACUCGUCCCUUAAAUGAUAGACGGAUAUCUCGCCUUCACCAUAGGUGACGUAAGUUGUCAAAAGCCCAACGAGCUUUUCGAAUCCGUGCAGAGAUUUCGUCGGACACCAACCCAUUAGGGCUGAUCAGACUUCCAAGAUAAGUGAGGUUGUCACCUCGUUCGACUACUUCACUCCCUAUCCUUAGUUCAGGUGUUGACCCAGACCAGUCCUGGAGCAACGACUUGGAUUUAGAAGGGGGAAAAGCGCAUCCCAAACAUUCUAGCAUUGUUGCUCAGUGCUACCAGAAGACUGUAUUUUAUCAGCGUUUUCACCAAACAGAACUGUGUCAUCUGCGUAUUCUAAGUCGAUAAGUGGACCUUCUGGUAGGAGACCAAUGCCCGAGAAUUCAGUGAACGAGAACGUUGUUUCCAUCAGUAUGUCUACGGUGAAGUUGAACAAAAAUGGAGAUAGUGGACGGCCUCGUUGGACACCGCUUGAGGUUACAAGAUUAGAUUAUAGUUCGCCAUAAGCUUUGGCUCGACUAAUAGUGUUCGAGUAAAGUGCCUUCACAAGGUCUACGUACUUCUGAGGUACAUCUUUCAAUGACAGACAUUGCUGCAGAACCUCUCGGUCUACAGAAUCAAAUACUGCUUUUAAACCAAGAAAAACUAUCAUUUCCGGACGCCGAUAAGCAUGCCUGUGUUCUAGAACCUGACGAAUGGUGAAUAUGUGGUCGAUGCAGUCACGACCAGGUCUGAAGCUAGCCUGAUUUUCCCUUGUUUGCAGUUCACAAGUCUUAGGCGUCCGAUAAUUAUUGAGGCUAGUAUUUUAGAUGCCAUGUUAGUCAAGCUAAUCCCUAUACGGUUAUCACAGGAUGAUUUUGACUCUUUCUUAUAUAUUGGGACAAUAAGUGAUUGUGACCAGUCAGAUGGAAUAACGUCCAACUCCCAGAUUUUAGCUAAAAUAUUAGUCAACCUAAUCGCUAAAAUUGGACCACCAUCCUUAAAGACCUCUGGAGCCAAUCCAUCUGGACCAGCUGCUCUUCCUCGUGUCAGAUUAGCUAUAGCUUUCUGAACUUCAGCUAUCGUCAGGGGACCUACUUCAAUGUUCCAUUUAGGCUAUCCGGGAAUGGUGGGUAGUUGUAGAGUAGCUGAAGGCCAGCUGAAUUGCUCCUUAAAAUGUUACGCCCAUCGUUCUAAACGUCUGGAUUGGGAGCAAAUAAGAUUGUCGUCUUUUUCCGAAAUAGUCUCACUUACACUUGAUUUGUUAAUUCCAGUUUCUUUUAUUAGUCCGUUGAGCUGUCUUGCGUUACAUACAGCCUCUGCCUUUUCCAUCUCUUUUGCUUCGGUUGCCCACCAAUGCACACAGUCGUUCAUUAGACUUUUGUUUAACCUAUAUCUGACUUGUUUUCGUUAUUCAUCGUGUUCAGAGCCUGAUGGGAUGAGUUUACGAGAAUCUAUCAGUUCAAUAGACUUAGUAGAAAUCCAUUGGUUUUUUGUAACCUUUUGAUUCAAACUACUAUUAGAUGUCACUGCUAUUUUCACAGCUGUUCGUACAUCUUCCCAAGCAACAUCUGGAUCAGCCUUGUUUUCAGAACUGCCUAAGUGUGACCUCAGUUGUUCCUGUAAUAUACUUUUGGUUUAUUCAUUGCUGAGUUCAAUUCUAAAGGGUCUUCUUAGUGUGGUUUUUCUGCGUCCAGUAAGGCACAGGCAAAUGUGUGCUCGUACUACAGCAUCAUCAGAGUCUAAACAUGUACUCCAAAACGAGCUGAAGUCUUCUAUCAAGCAUCUCCAACGAUGGUUGAUGACAAUAUGGUCUAUUUGAGUCCACUGUUGGUUUGGUGAAGAAGGUCGCCAUGUUAGACGAUGUCUCUCCUUAUGCUUAAAAUUUGUGUUUGCUAAAAAUAAACUAUUGUCUGAGCACAGUUGCAACAGAUCACCAUUAUCUGUUCGUUGUGCUGGAAUACUAAAAUACCCACCUAAAUGCCUUUCUGUUUGGUUUAAACUACCUAUCUGGGCAUUAAAGUCACCUGCUACGAGUACUAUGUCUGAACGUUUAGCUUUCUGAAGAAGUUCAGAGAGCUUUCUGUAAAAUUCAUCUUUCACUUCAUCUGAGCUGCAGUCGGUGAGAGCGUAGGCAGAAACGACGAUAAGGCAAUGAUGUUUGUCCCUAUCCUUCCGAGUUCUUAUGGAGCUGUUUAGCCGAACAGCACAUAGGCGACUGUUAUUGUAGAUGACAGUAAAAGUUAGGUAUUAUUUUUUGUCUGAAUUUCAUUACUAUUUCGAAAAAAGCAACUAUGAUCUGACAGUAUGUCUUCGAUAUGAAAAUAUGGGCAAAAUAACAUUCUUAUAUAUGUAGUUAGUAAAUUCUCAAAGUUAAUGUUUUUUCUUUUAAUUAAUGCCUAAAAAUUGACUUAAGGUAUCGCUGUAAUCUGGACCGGUCCGCUUGUAGUAUCUAAACGAAUUUUAACUAAGGAGCUGAAGGAAUUAUCUACUUUACUACAACAUCCUAUCGUUUUAUGGGACAAUCUACAUGCUAAUGAUUAUGACCAGCGUCGCGUAUUUAUAGGACCGUACAGUGGUCGACCCUUAGCUUUACGUCGCCAAGGCUUGCUUAGAGGAGUGCUGACCAAUCCGAAUUGUGAAUUUGAAGCAAACUAUGUGGCGUUUCAUACUCUUGCACAAUGGUCGAGGUAAAUUGCAACUUGGUUUUUGUAAUUUAUCUGCAUUAGGAAAUGUAUUAUAACAGUUGUCUGUAUCAGUAAUUUAAACAGUAAACUCCCGUUUACACAGUCACGUAUUAAGAUUUGGACUGUUCUUACUCGAUCAAAAGAUCAAAUUUAAAAAAAGCGCAACUAUUUUCUUAAACUCUGUGUUGAAUGUAAUUCACGUAGAACGCACUCCUGACUUUUAUUGGAAUUGUAAUGUAAAAGUUGAUUAUCUCGGCUUUACUUCUGCUGAUAUACCACUGAAAUACACAUCCUGCUUGUUCUCGAUAUCCUUACGUUCGUUUUUAUGUAGAAGGCGGCGGUUAUACUGUUUUUAAACGUAAGGAGAAACGGAAAAGUUACAUAUUACCGAUCAUAUGGUUUUUUCGUAGUCUGUUUUAAUUAAGCAAUAUUAAAAGUAAGUGCUAUUCACUUUUUAAUCUAGACAAGCUGGUAGCAAACAUAUAAUACAAUCAACUGAUACAGAAAUGCUAUGUACAAGUGAGGAUUUUGAAUCUAAUGCUUCUGAUGAUAACGAAGUGAUUGAUGAUGGUAUCGAUGAUCAAAAGUCAGGUGAUAUUAAUGAACACCCGUCUGUCUGUCAGGAUGACUGUGUAAGUAGAAAACGACAAUAUGCAUCUGUUUACAGACCUCGUGAGGCUCUCCGUAUAGCUUUACGAGACUGGCUUGCAUUAAUGCUUCAGGUUAGUUUAUAUGCACACUUUCUACUGUAUAAUUUUUCUGAGUUUUGCCUCAGAUGUAAAUCUAAUUUGAUCUAUACAAUACACCGGACUGUUGUUUAGAGUUUAAAUACCUACUCAAUGCCACUAGUCUUUGCACAUUAGGUGUGACUUGCAGUCUAAUUCACUAAACUUCACAUAGUUAUUGUCCCAUGUAAUCGCUUACAGUUUGUAUGUGUAUCAGUUAAUGUUUCUUAUCCAUUGCAAAUUUAAUACAGUAAUUGAAAAGUUAUUUUGGUGCCCAUCGAAAUUUUAUUCGCUUCAUACGCGUACUUUUCAGUUGGUUAACUUCUUGAUCGAAUUCAGGUACGUUUAUGUUAUAACUUAUGGCCUUGUACCCUUAUCCAUAUAUGACGUCAUGAUACCGCCAAUUAGAGAACAGUGAUUUAUCGGCCGGACCAAUGACACAUAAAAUCCGUACGAGCAGUCGAAAGUCUUUAUCGGUCCCUCUUCCUGCCUAACCUUGACUGUUAAGUCCAGAACACCAACCUCAGCCUCCGUGAUAUGAAUCAUGUAUUUCGAACAUACUGGGUUCAUAUACAAACCAAACAGACUACAUCGUGCCAUAAAAUAGGAAAUAACAUUUGUACACGUUCUAGCCAAAAGUGGCUGUGAAUGUGGGAGACUGUAAUUAAUAUAGUGGGCAUAACUCAAGAACGGUAAACCGUAUAAUAAUAGUCUAUGUGUCAAAAUAAAGCUUAUAAUAAGAGGAACAUGAAUAUGCAUAGUUUAGCUACUUAACAACUAUACAAUAAAAAUAUAUGUAUCGUAUUGGUUCAUAAAUAGUUCUCAAAAGUUACCAUUCAUAAUUCUCGUCGGAAUAUAACAGUUUACCAAUUGCAGACUGGACAGUGACCAUUGUUUGAAGGUACUAACAACUGGUUUUUUGUUAGAUUACUUACUUACACUUGUCUCCAAGAACGACGUCUGAUUUUCAGAGGGUGAGGCCCGACUUGCUUACUUUACUUAUUUACUUGCUUACGCCUGUUACUCCCAAUAGAGGAUAGGCUGCCGACCAGCAUUCUCCAACCCACUCUAUUCUGGACCUUCUUUUCGAGUUCUAUCCAAUUGUUAUUCAUUCUUCUCAUGUCUGUCUUGAUUUCUCGGCGUAAUGUGUUCUUUGAUCUUCCUCUUCUCCUUUUUGCCUUGAGGAUUCUAUUUGAGGGCUUGUCUUGUAACGCAGUUAGGUGCUUUCUUCAAUGUGUGUCCUAUGCACUUCCAGCACUUCAUCCUGAUUGGUUCCUCUGCUGAGCGUGGAGCCCCUCCGGGGGCCACUGCCGGCCCCAAACCCGGAUGAAGGAGGAGGGUUGGGCAUGGGGUUAGUGACCCCAUCCUGUGGAAAACUAACUCGCUAAAAAACGCUAAUCAGAAAAAAAACCGGCUGGACUUGCUACUCCAUCAAUAAAGAACUUUUUUAGAGAUUAAUGAAAUGCUUGCUAACUUUUCGCAUAAUUUGAAGUAAUAGUAAUAUGUAGUCUGCUGUUUUCGAACUUAAUUAAUUGUAAAUUCUGAUCCAUUUGUCAGUUUUUAUAAACAGAAAUUCUGACAUCGAUUUAGAUAUCAUCUUUAGUGCGUCCUCACAAACAGUAUCUUGUUCUUAAAAUUGUUAAUCGUAAACUGAUAUGGGAUUUACUUUACACAUGUACAAUAGUGGGUUUAAUAUUACACAUGUUUAGGAUUAUCGAUAAGUUUCCAGAGCGUUUCUUAUCAUUUGACGUUUGAUAACGUUUUUAGCUCUGUUGAUACUUUUAAUGUUUUUUUACCACCGUCUUCAAUUACUAAGGUAUAACUCUAAAUUUUCAUUUAAAGGUUGGUGCUUCAAAACCUAGCACGGCUAUAGGUACUCCUACACCUAUGGAUACAGAUAAUCUUGAAACUGGUCAAAACGAAGCUCCCAUGCAGGUUGAAUCCACCCCUUCCAAUGUCGUCAUGACUUCUGAUAAUAAUUCUUCUGAAACCCCUAUUUCAGGUGAUGUAAAUUCAGUUACUGUUACCUUAGAGGAUUUGGAAAUGUUCGCUGAUCUUUUCUAUUUACCUUUCUCUCAUGGACCCUCAGCUAUUCGUCUACUAGAAUUAGGACAUUGGUUACGUGAAUAUUCGUAUGUUUGUGGACCUAACCCAUCUGAUCUUGAGAAAGCAACUGAAUGGAACAAAAAGUUAUCAGAUUAUAUAGAUAUGGUUUCUACAAUUGGUCGAAUACGAGAUCGUAUACAACGUUUACCAUCUAAAAGUAUCUCCUAUGAACUAGUACCAUAUAUAACCGAAGUUCAUAGUGUAGUUGGAAUUAUCCUGGAUUAUUUCCGAUGGUUAGAAACUGGAGUCAUGGCUUUUCGUAGCAUGUCUCAUUUAAAGCGGCUUUUAACAUGGUUUUCGCCUGGUUACCGUGAUAUGGUAACAUCUGGUGAUCAAGAACCAUGGACAUUUCGUGGUGGAUUGAUAACAGAACUUCAGAGAAUUUUACCUCUCGAAUCUGCUCAAGAUCUUUUCCCUGCACCAAGUCGUGCUGUCCCAGGCAUGACUACCAUUCCUUGUUUGAAUUGGCCUGAUAAUGCAUCAAGUGUAUACACACCACUUGCGCCUUCUGUUCCCCCAAUGAUUCCAAUUCAACCUUCAAUUUUCCCAAAUUUUUCAAGGUUUCCAUCAUAUAUAGUUCGACCAUAUAGACCUGAAGAUAAAUCAUGUAUGUAUGGCUUAUUCAGAAAACUACUUUUGACUCGUGUUGGUUUACCUGAAAACGCUCUUCCAUUAGAAUUCCAGGAUUUACCAGGUGACAAGUAUUUACUUCCAUUUCUACAACAUUCACCUGAAAAUUGUUUUAUGGUUAUGGGUCCACCCUUCCUGCAGACCUCAGUGGAUUGCUCUACCUCAGUCACAAAUACUGAUCAUUCUACCACAGGUAAUUGUGUUGGCUUUGGUGUUUCAGCACCAGAUGCUGUAUGUUGGGCUCGUGAACGUACUACUCACUAUCGAGAGUCGAUGAAAUUGAAAUAUCCACGUGAUUUCCAAAUUGGAGUACACAGUUUAUCGCAUUGUAACAAAUUAGUCGUUGGAAAUGGUGAGACCAACAACUCUAACUUGAACGUUGUUACUGCGACUGAUGCUGCUCGAUUGGAACCUCCUGUAAUUUCAUCUGCCCCACUUUCCCCUUUAACAGAUGAUCGUUCUUCAAGCAUUACUCCAAAUCAAAAUUCUGUGGCUGUCGAAGAAUUCAUCAAGUCUAUGAUUUCUUCUUUCCACAAUGAUACAUCUGAAGUUGUUGAUAUUGCUGCAGCUGUGAAUUUACUCCCUCCUCCUGAACCACUUGGUGGAUGCCUUCCCAUGGAGCCACCACUAUCUGGUUGUUUGGAACAAUGUGAACCUAAUUGUACGACUGCUCCAAUCACUUCUAAUAUUCCUACUAAUUUGUCAUCUCAGUUAGAAUUAAAGUCUUCUUUUCCUAUUGAUGAAUGUGGUGCAACUAUCCCAGCUUUACCUUUGCCUACACCUAUUUUACCAGAUACCGCUCCUCCAUCUCCACCAUCUGGAACUACUUGUGCACCAUCAUUAGUGCCUGAGACAUGUUCAAGUAGUCCUGCAACAACAAAUUCAGUGAUAGCUCGGAAUCUUAUUGUUGCUGGUGGACCAGAAGCACUUCAUAGUGCUUUAACAGCUCAUCCCGCCAUUAUAUGGAUUGAAUUUGAUGAUAUAGGAUUAAAUAGUUGUGUUAAUGGUCCUACACCUGCUAUGCUUAUUAAUCACAAUCUUGGAUUAUGUGCAGAUUCACCUGAAGUGUUGUUGGAUUCUGUAGCACGUCGAUUAUUUAUUUGUUUGUUAGCGGCAUUGAAAACAGUCGGCGCUCAUGCAACACAUGUACAGUUGGAUACUAUCAAUGAACAUCGGGCAGAACUUUAUCGACGUUUUGGUUUUUAUCCUAUUCCAGCAGCUUCAAAUGAACAAACAACUGUUUUAGCUCGUUUAAUUUGAUGAAAAUCCUAUUCCUCUUCCCGUUAUACAAUCUAUGACAUAGUUUUCUUGUGUGAAGUGUUCAAUUAUCAGUGUUGAUCAUGAUGAUAUUGCUUAAAUUACGUUCCUGUUCUAAAUCCAUAUUAUUAAGUGUUAUCACUGUAGAUUAUCAAUUCACACACAAACAUAUAGUUGUUUGUUUGUAUGAAUAAUUCAAAGACUAUUCUGCACGUUAAUGAAUCUUGUUUUGACUCGUACGUGCAUUUCUGUUUGUAUGUAUGUUUGACAUAGAAAUAUCAGUUUAUUAUGUUUAUUUAGACAAGUGAAUCUAAUUUGUCCUCUUUCUCUAAUCCAUAAUCUAAUUUGUUUUUAAUAUCCUUUGGUUAAACAAUAAAAGCACAAAAGUUAAAAAAAACGCGUAUAGUUGGGUUCUUUUUCAGUGAACGUGCUUCUAUAUAUACAGAUAGCUCAGUUAAUUGAUAAAAUAACUUUUCUACCAUUUCUUCCAUUGUCCUGUAAUGUUGUUACAUCAUAACGUUUAUAAGUAUAUUUAUGCAAACAGUCAAGUUGAAAGUGAUCUCUUAUAAAUUGAAAUUACAAAUUUCUUUUGAUCUCUUUCAGCGUAUAUAUACAUACAUAAAUAUAUGUAGUCUUUUAUUUUUAAUUGUUAUUUGUGCCGAUAUUAAUGUUGCUUCCUUUGCAAGAGGCUCAUUUUAAUAUAAAUUGGAUGAAAAUAUAAUUUGUUAACCUUUUUCUUUUGCAAUCUGUAUAGUUUAUACAUAAACUCUUGAGAUUAUAUAUGCAUCAGAACUGAUUGUCCAAAAAACUAGAAAUAAUACUUUUGUCGUAUACUUAAUAUAUUAAACGCCACUGUAUUACUGAUCAAUGAAAUGACUGAUGAAAUUAUUGAAAUCACCAGGAUCCUGUCAAAUUAAGUCGAAGGAUAUAUUUCAUAGCUUGAUGUUUAUCAAAAGUAUGGUUUUAACAUAAAACCAUUAUCUCUGGAUGCGUAACAUCAAUGUUUACAUAAAUUCCUGCUGGUGGAAAAGAUGAAUUAUAUAUCGAAGCGAAAAAUACAUAUACUAAUCUCACAUAAAUUUAAUCAGUUGGAUGUUAAUUACGUUAAAUGUCCAUUUUAUGUUCCACAACGAAUUUUAUGGAUAGCUGGGUCAUGUAGCGCUAAGUUCUCGUCUUUCAAAAAAUAACCUAUUUUAUCUGAAUAAAUACUGGGAAAUGUCACGCUACGUGACACACUGAACACUACUAAUAUCCUGGAGACGGCAAGUUUAUUAUCGGUGGUAAAUAAAAAUUAACUUUUAAGUAUAUUAUACAAUUUCCAAACAAUUAAAUUUAUUUACGAGCAAAUAUAUUGUCUACCCUCACCAAAUUUUGAAAUAUGCUCGUAAGUAACUAGUUAGCCGAACAGGAUAUUAACUCACACAUUUCUAGAUAUAAAACAAACCUUGGUAAAUUUCGCAACCACAGAAUCCGUUGUAUAGUUCUUUUCUGAUUACAAUCUACAGUUAGAAAUAGAGGAAUUGUAGAUUUCCCUACUGAAAAAUAGGAUAUCGUCAAUAGUUUCACAAAAAUGCAUAUGUUUUGAUUUAGAUGCAUUUUUCUUGUUCUUCCGUUUAGAGUUGCAUUUGUUCUAUACAUUGUUGUUUUGUUUCUUUAUACUUGCUAAUAUAUAGAACUCGUAACCUUGUGUGAUUUUUUUAUUCUAAAAAGGAAUCGUGUAGUUUAUUCUUGUUGAUAUAAUUAGUAUUCAUACUUGAAACAACUGUGCAAAAAUUCUUGAUUCAUACUAUGUCUUGUAAUUUGAUUGAUAAACCAUUUCAUAAUCUCAAUGUCACUAGUAUAUAACUGCUAAUGUGAAUAAAAAAGCUGAAUUCGAAUAUUUUCAUGUUUAAUACAUUUCUUUGUUUUUUUUCAGUGGUUUCUCUUUGAUACAAAAUGAAAAUAGAACCCUCUUCUUAUUAGGACCUAAACCUAAACUAAAAUAAACAUUACAUUAUGCCUAUUCUAUCACAACAUAUCUGUUAAUUAAUAAAAAUACUCAGAAAAAAUGUUGAAUAAUAGAAUGAUUCUUAAUUGAUGUAAGCUACAUUACAGACUAUUUCGUAGUUACAGAACAAUGGAAAAUAAGUAUAUUAAUUUAGUGUAUGUGAAAUAUUUUUAAGCCUAUUAAAUCUACAAUAAUUGAAUACUGUAUGUACAUCUAUUUUAUUUUUAGUUCCGAAUGUCAUUGGUUAGUAAUAAUAGUACUAAUAUAAAUGAACAUCUGUUUCAAGUUAUGCGAGUAAAUGAAUAUAAAAAAAAUAGUAUAUAUUUGUAAUAUAACGUGAAGAAGGUUAAGUAAUUAGAGAAUGUAGUUGAAUGAUAAAAGUAGAACAAACAGUUCAGUAAACUCAUAGAACGGUAUCAAAAAGGAAAUGAAGUGUAAAUUGAAACAAAAAUCUGCACAGAAUGAAGUCAUAUAUAGGAAUGUACAUAUAUGAGGAAGUCGGAGUAUUUCGUUAUUUUCGGUUAUGUUAAUUAAUAAUCAAAAUUGAAGUCUAUAUUUCACAUUGAACGUCAUGUCUUAAAAAUAAUCAUGUCUGUCACGAAAUUCCAAUUUUGAAGGAGUAGUCAUCAUUGACCUGAGAAUUUAUUUGUAAUACAGGGUAAACUUAACAAAUGCAUUAGUUGUCUUAGAAAUGUAGAACAACAAUCUAGUUUAUGGUAAAUGAGCAUUAAAAUUCUUGCAAUUUAUUUUAUGACCCGGUUAUCGAAUUUAGUGUGAAGUCCAUAAUUUCCAUUUGAAAGCACGAUGCUGUAAUAAGAAGUACCAUCAUAAAGUCAUGCAUAGGUACGUUUCACACAAACCAUUUAAUCUCAAAAAUGUGCCAUAUUUAAAGAAAUUAAGCGUUAUUUGACUGAAGUGCUAUAUUUGUAAAUUUCGCACUGUGAAAUUUUGUCAGAAAUGCUGUCAAAUAAUUUAGGCUACUUAUGAGUAGGUAAAGUCAAUUGCUAUUUAUUACUCCAACUAAUUUCGUAAUCAGCAUAAACUUUUCAUCAAAUGGUCGCAUAAUCGAAUGAGAACAUUUGAAAAUUCCAUCUGACGAAAUGAAAGUUCCUUUUACUGAAGUUCAGAUUCUUGUUAUUCUAUUUGAGUUUUGA